UGUUAUAAUUUCUAGCUCAUUUUCAAACACCUCUAAGUUUCAGCUGUCCAAGUCUAACACUCCUGUAAAUAUCGUUGCAGAAUCGCCCAUGCCUAUAUAUAGCUUCAGCUUUCCUUCUGAUUCAUUAGAAAUCCAACCCCAUACACUCAUAAUAAACAUGAAACCCCAGAUACACAACUGCUCCUCGAAAAUCCAUGCUCUCGUGUUCAUCCUCUAUCAAAUAGCUAUUGCCGCUACUACUGCAAUUGCCGCUACUACUGCAAUUGCCGCUUUCCGUUUUACCAAUGAAACAGACCAUCAAGCAUUGCUGGCCUUUAAAGGCCAGAUAGCCUCCGAUCCGUCCGAUGCCCUCAGCUCUUGGAACAAUUCAAUCCACUUUUGUGCUUGGACCGGAGUUGCAUGCGGUAAGAAGCAUCAGCGUGUGACAGCACUUCAACUCCGAUCCCGGGGGCUGGUGGGUUCUCUGUCUCCUCAUGUCUGCAAUCUUACCUUCCUAAGAUAUCUAAACCUUGAGAACAAUCACUUGAAUGGUAUACUGCCCCAAGAGAUCAGUCAGUUGAGGAGGCUACAGGUUCUUAGUCUCAUCAACAAUUCUUUCGAAGGAGAGCUGCCCAGAAAUCUGACCAAUUGUGCAGACCUCUGGUUCCUACAUUUGGGUGGCAAUAGUCUUGGUGGCCGAAUCCCAGUUGAGCUCGGUUCUCUGUUGAAGCUCACCCACUUACAGCUCCCGUUAAAUCAGUUCACCGGUGAAAUCCCCCCCGAGCUGGGAAAUCUUUCUGCUCUCACCAUAUUUUCUCUAGGAGUCAAUUACAUCCAAGGGAGUAUACCCAAACAACUUGGAUAUCUGUCAAACUUAGAAUUUCUAGAUUUAGGAACUAACAAUCUUUCGGGCCAUAUUCCCACCUCUCUCUACAACAUCUCAUCCAUUCUCACUUUCAUUGUGGACCAGAACACUCUCGAGGGGUCCCUUCCUUCUAAUCUAUUCCAAACUUUACCGAAACUAGAAGGGCUGCAUCUGGGCAGUAAUGGGUUCUCAGGACUGGUUCCAAGCUCUAUAAACAAUGCUUCUGAGGCCAUAAUUAUUGAAGUACAGGAUAACGCCCUUGUUGGACCGCUCCCAGGGGACUGGGGAGGCCUUAAGAAUUUGGACUGGCUUAAUUUAGGGGAUAACAAACUUUCUGGUCACGUUCCCUCCUCUCUCUACAAUAUCUCAUCCAUUCGCCUCUUCUCAGUGGCAAACAAUAGUCUAAGUGGGUCCCUUCCAUUUGAUCUUUUCCUAACUUUACCGGAACUAGAAGAGUUGUAUUUCGGUGGUAAUGAGUUUUCAGGAUUGGUUCCAAGCACAAUGACCAAUGCUUCUCGGGCUGUAAAAAUUGAUCUUGCUUUGAAUGCCCUUGUAGGACCGGUCCCAGUGGACUUGGGUGGUCUGAAGAAUUUGCAGUUGCUUAAUUUUGAAGUGAACAAUCUAGGAACUGAAGAAGGGAAUGAUUUGAGCUUCCUUACAUCCUUAAUCAACUGCACCAAACUACAAGAACUGUCUGUUACUGACAAUAGGCUCAAGGGCAUCUUGCCCUAUUCUAUUGCAAAUUUCUCAUCCCCUUUGACAACGUUUGGGCUGCAUAAAAACUUCAUAUCAGGAACCAUACCUUCAGGCAUAGGGAACCUCGUAAAUUUGCAGCUUCUUGGACUGAGUGAAAACAUGCUUACAGGGAGAAUCCCCGGCUCCAUCGUCAAAUUAUCGAAGCUGCAGGAACUCUACCUCUAUCACAAUAAUCUCUCUGGAGUGAUUCCAUCCACCAUUGGCAACCUGACUUCGCUCUCAGUCCUCAACUUUGUGAAUAAUAUGCUGGAGGGAACUGUCCCUGCUUCUCUGGGGAAUUGCACACACUUGAAUUUUCUAGGCCUGGAUGAGAAUCUCCUCGUCGGUGUGGUGCCCCAAGAACUCUUUGGUAUUCUUUCACUCUCAAUUCUAUCAUUAGCAGUAAACCAUUUAACUGGUCCAAUUCCAUCCCUGGUUGGUAAACUGGCGAAUCUCCAGACGUUAGAUGUUUCGGAGAACAACAUGCAAGGUGAAAUUCCAUCUGCUCUAGGUGAUUGUUUGGUGCUGGAAUACCUUUCUUUGGGAGCUAACCAAUUCAGUGGAACCAUUCCACCCUCUAUCUCAAAUCUACGAGGUCUGAAUUCACUCAAUCUCUCUCGGAACAAAUUUUCAGGGCAAUUCCCUGGAUUUCUAGCCAACCUCCCUUUCGUCCAAAGUCUUGAUCUUUCCUUUAAUAAGUUUGAGGGCGAAGUACCAAUCAGAGGAAUCUUCCGUAAUCGUAGUGCGGUUUCAGUCGUUGGAAAUAAUGAGCUGUGCGGAGGACCUCCCUUCCUGCAAUUGCCUAAAUGUAAAGGGGGAGCAACAAAGAAAAACCGCAAAAGAAGAUCAUCUCAGGGGACAGUUUUGGUUAUUACUGUCACGGUCUCCAUUUUCUCCCUGUUGGUAGGAAUGAUUGCCAUAAUUCUUUAUCGUUCAAAAAGGUUGAAAGGCGGAACUGCAUUUGCUUCUUCAACCCAGGAUCAUCACCCUAUGCUAUCUUAUGGUGAACUUUCUCGAGCGACAAACGGGUUCUCUCCUACGAAUAUGAUUGGUGAAGGAAGCUUUGGUGCAGUCUACCAAGGCGUUCUGCCUAGCACUGGACAGAUUGUGGCCGUGAAGGUGCUCAAACUUGAAGAACAGGGAGCGAGCAGGAGUUUCAUGGCGGAGUGUGAGGCUUUGAGGAACAUUCGGCAUCGGAACCUUGUCAAGAUCAUCACUUCUUGCUCGGGCAUUGAUUUCCGAGGAGAAGACUUCAAGGCUCUAAUUUUUGAGUUCAUGCCCAAAGGGAGCCUCGAGAAAUGGCUGCACCCAGUUCCAAAUGAGAUGGGAGGGAGCGACAAUAACACGAGGUUAAGUGUGAUUCAGAGGUUGGGCAUAGCCAUUGAUGUGGCCACAGCAGUGGACUAUCUCCACCAUCAGUGCCUUAUUGGCAUUGUUCACUCUGACUUGAAGCCCAGCAAUGUUCUUCUCGGCAGUGAUUUUUCUGCACAUGUAAGUGAUUUUGGCCUCGCAAAGUUUCUAACCGUCAAAGCAUCCGGGACACAGAGUAGUUCAAUUGGGAUCAGAGGAACAGUCGGCUAUGUUGCGCCAGAAUAUGGUGUUGGUGGUGAGGUAUCGGCGCGAGGGGACAUCUACAGCUUUGGGAUUCUCUUGCUUGAACUGUUCACAGGGAAGAGGCCCACCGAGCCCAUGUUCAGUGGCGAGUUUGAUCUCCGUGGAUUUGUGGAGAGAUCUCUUCCUAAUGGGCUAAAUCAGGUGUUAGACCCAUCGCUUUGCAUAGGAAGAGUGCAAGGCGAACUCAAACAGUGCUUGCUCUCGGUCUUUAGAGUAGGGGUCAUGUGCUCAGCUGCGCAACCAAAUGAGAGGAUGGACAUUGGAGAAGCAGCUGCGGAAUUGCAGAAGGCACAGGAUGUUCUUCAAGUUCGUAGGAGGAGAAUCAGAGUGUGAGAGCUAUGCGCUUGGCAUAGUGAUCACAAUGCAACAUUCCACCAGUUCUCAGUAGAUCUCUUUCACGUACAUACUGCAGUUAAUGCUACUUUAAUUAAUAAGUUUGGUGCAUGCAGUUUUAGGAGAUGGAUUGUGAUUUUUGCUACUUAAAUGUUACCUUUUCACAGAAAUAUAAGGCAUAGCUAUGCCAUGACAAAGCAGUGACUGCUGGAAUCUCAACUUUGAUGUGUCUGUGUGUGUGAGAGAGAGAGAGAGAGAGACGUCUCUGGCAUGCUGAAUAUGUUUAAUCCUGUCUUUUAGCUCAUGCGCUUUGCUAAUUUUAUGGUAACUUUGCAGAAAUUGAAGUUUC